AUGACGGUAGCAGUAGAAACUACCAAGGCUGAAGAAGGCGAAAACCGACCCAAAAUAGAGACCUUUGAUGACAUACUGCCUUAUGUCGGGGAAGCUGGUCGUUAUCAGCUGAUUUUGUUCAUUAUUUUGUUACCAUUCACGUUUGUUUAUGCAUUUCUAUACUUCACGCAAUUUUUUUUGACGCUUGUUCCUAAUGAGCACUGGUGCUUUGUUCCGGAACUCAAUAACACAAAUCUUAGUGAUACGCAAAAAAUUAGUCUAUCGAUUCCACCAGCGAGUGAUGUUGCUGAAGUCCAAGCCGAGGGCACAACACACUUUGCAAGAUGUUUCAUGUACGCUGUAAACUAUACAGAAUUGUUAAACAACAACAUAACAAAAGCAGAUCCUUCAUGGCCCACUAAACCAUGUCAGCACGGCUGGAGCUUUAAUUACACCGCUGUACCAUAUGCAUCGAUUGCUGCCGAGCUCGAGUGGGUCUGUGACAAAAACUAUCUAUCGUCAGCUGCCCAAUCGGCUUUCUUCGUCGGCAGCAUAAUUGGAGGCUUCAUAUUCGGGUACAUCGCGGAUCACUACGGAAGAAUACCGGCAUUGGUGUCCUGCAACGCUGUGGGCUUCUUCGCUUCAGUAGCCACCGCGUUUUGCGAUAAUUUUUGGAGCUUCGCGUUGGCGCGUCUAGUUGUCGGGUCUUCAUUUGACAACUGCUUCAAUAUACUUUUCAUAAUAACGAUCGAGUAUGUUGGACCGAAGUACCGUACAUUAGUGGCAAACAUGUCCUUCGGUAUAUACUUCGCCGUAGCAGCGAGUUUAUUACCGUGGAUUGCUUAUUGGAUCGCUGAUUGGCGUAUGCUCAGUUGGAUAACAGCAUUACCAUUAAUUACUGCAUUCCUCGGACCUUGGAUUGCGCCUGAAAGUGCUCGGUGGUAUUUGAUGGCCGGCAAAGUUGACAAAGCCAUCGAAAUGCUCAAGAAAUUCGAAAAGGUCAAUGGUAAAACUGUCAAGCAAGAGGUUUAUGACGAAUUUGAAAAAAGCUGCAGGACUAUGGUUGAAAAGGAUAAAAAGUUGAACAAUUACACUGUACUUGACUUGUUCAGUAAGCCAAGGCUCGCUCGUAUCACUGUUAUUCUUGUUGUUAAUAAUUUUAACAUUCGACGGUCACGUGUGGAACAUGAAAUUAUUGCAUCCCGAUGUAUUUACGUCAUUCUCCUUAGCAGCGCUGACGGAGUUGCCGGCCGCAAUAUUACUGGCAUUAUUCCUAGACAAAUGGGGACGUAGAUGGAUGGGCUUCGCAUCAAUGCUCAUCUGCGGAAUAUUCUCGUUCGUUGCACUGGCGACGCCUGAAGGUUCAAUUACGGUCGCCAUGGCGAUUCUCGCUCGUCUCGGUGUUAAUGUUGCUGCUAAUAUCGGCUUCCAGUAUGCUGCUGAAAUGCUUCCCACUGUUGUUCGUGCCCAGGGAGUUUCUCUCAUUCAUAUUAUUGGAUACUUUGCUCAUAUAAUUGGACCCUAUGUUAUUUACUUGGCUGAUGUUAAAAAAGAAUUGCCCUUAAUUUGCUUAGGAUUAAUAGCAAUAAUAGACGCUUUUCUUACAUUAACUUUGCCAGAGACACUGGACCAAGAAUUACCAGAAACUCUUCAAGAAGGCAAUGACUUUGGUAAAGAACAAAGUUGUUGGUGGGUUCCUUGCCUAACUUUGUCACAUGAAAAGAAGAAAAAAUACCGAAGAAAAGUGGGAGCCGUAAAUGCCGGUUAUAAUCCAGGAAGUCUUACAAAAAUAGACUCCACAAGAUUAUAA